UUAAAGAAGCUUUCAUCGCGAAAUACUCUGUAGAGUUCCUCGUUACUUACAGUGUGUUUUCCCGUAGCCCAGCCCGGCCCGUGGCCCGUUGGGCUGGCCCGGCCCGUGGCGAACACUGGUCAGCGGCUGUCGGCGGGAGGUAACCGAUCGGCAAACCCGCGGUGGAGAGGUCCCGGCGCCGGCCACGAGCCUAGAGCUCGUGUUGAAGCUGCAGGACCAGCCGAAGGUGACCGAACUGCAGGCGCCGACCGCUGAGACGGACACCGAUCUCCGACUGGUCGCGGACACCUGUCAUGCUCUAGAGAAGGCCAACCUCCGUGGCUUCAAGCUGAGAGUCUCUGCUCUGCGUCGGCUGGCGCGUGCCAACGCUUCCAGUCUGCGUGAGCUGACGCUGCCGGCCGGCAUCAGCGACUGGCAGCUGGAGGCGCUGCUGGAGCCGCUGAAGGCUCUGGAGCGGCUCGAUGUGAGCCCACCCGUGGACAGCUCCGGCAAGUGGUUUCGGCUGCUGCCCAAGUCGCUGAGGAGACUGGACAUUACUGGAUCGGGUAUGACCGAGGCACCAUUAAAGGUGCCGCGAUGGCCGACGUCUGAACUGGAUGUCAGUAUCAAACAAGGCACGGACACACUUCUGGACCAGGUGGCUGUUCUAGCGACCCGCACAGUCACAGGGCUGGCCAUAUGGGCGUCACCGUCUGUGACACCGGAAGCAACGGGACGCCUCCUGGUUGCUCUCAACAAUUUGGAGGACGUCCCUCUUAAUGGAGCAAACGCCAUUUCCGAAACUACGCUAGCCGCCCUCCACGGCUGCUCCCAGCUGGAUACACUGGAGCUGAAAGACACCCGGCCCCUCACGGACAUCCCUGCCCUGACCCAGUCAGAGGUGGCAGCGGUCAGCAGGAUGGCAGUGACCUGCAGGAAACUGAAGACACUGUUCCUAACCUCCUCACUCGAAAACUGCAAGGGCGUCCUGACCGCUCUGCACGAGACAGACCUGGGAUGUGACGGUGGCCAGUCCCGUAUCAUCAGGUUCGCCGUCCCCGAGUCUGUAUACGACAAUCUUACCAAGCCUCCCAACGGCAGCAAAAUCAGCUUGAGUUACUUCACGUAGACGACUAGCUUCCCGGUGCCUCGUCCGCUCCGGUGCCGGCGACAGUGUCGGAACUCGACAACAGAUGGCAGCACCGUAUCCCGUCGGUAGCGCUGUUCUGUACACAAUGCACGUCUACUAGACCUUCAUAUCCAGAAGUGCUUUGAGUCGCCCUGUCCCAUCGGCUCAGGUCCGUGGGUACUUUACCGCUGUACCAGGCUGGUUUGGGUUGAGUGGCCACCUAAAUGCUUGAUCAUUUGAGCACAGAUUGCUACGUUUGUUGACACUGCUUUGAUAGACAGUAGGUAUAUUCAGUAUCCGAUAUGUAUCACGCUCUGGGCCACUGUCCAGCCGUCGGUAAACCGUUGUCACCGUGCCGGAGGUACCGCCGUGGUGACGUCACGUGUGUUGUGACGUGACGCCACGCUGGCUCACACCGCUGUGCUGUUGUGUUGUAGUUUCAGUUUAGACCAGAGUCGUUGGAGCUAUCUGUGAGGGUGGCCGGUCCGGGCGAUAUCGGACCUCGCCCGUCACUGUGUCGGACCGUCGGUGGUCCGGUCGGCUGUGGUUGGUUUGGACCGGAUAUGCCCGGUUCGAUGUCGUUCAUGGGAUAUCACGGGCUGAUGGCGAUUGAAAUACACAGUGGUUGAGACGUUCAAUACACAAAUUUUACUGAAUUUCAAAGCGCUGCUAUGCAGUGCCGUUAUUUCGUGACGGUAACCCGUCAAAGGGACUGUAAGGCUUCUGACCAUUAUGCAAUGCUUUGAACGUAUCAUUCCAUAAUGUCAUACGAAGUUGUGAUGUAAAGAAGUCACCUACUUGAAGUGACGUGGAGCUCUAAUGUCGGAUCCGUCAUAAAAAGUGUGUGCAACUUCAGAUUGCCUAAUAUAAGUGUUCCGUAAAAAUUAAGCCAAACCCAGAGAGGUACAGUAAAAAGAAAAAUCAGA